AUAUUUAUUGCUAUGAGGGAAGGAAGGAAGGAAGGGCUGAGAAGUCCGGGCAAAUGGUAUCAGAAUCUAUUCUGUUUUAAAAGCAAUGGCAUCAGAAUCUAAGAAUGGAGGGGAGAGAGCUGUGAGCAGCUUCAGCUAGAGUAAAAUGGAAAUUGUGGAGACGAAGAAUAAUGAUACCGGCAUCACCAUAUUCAAUGCCAGAGAGAUAAACCCAACUAAUAUAUUUCAUUCAAUCAUAUCGUUGGCUGUAUGGAUGGGUUCUAUCCAUCUCAAUUUCGCCUUAAUCUUCUUCUCUUUUCUCUUCCUUCCUUUUUCCAAAUUCCUACUCUCUCUUGGAUUGCUUCUGCUGCUUGCCAUCAUUCCGAUCAACGAUCGCAGUGAAUUUGGCCGACGCGUGUCCAGGUAUAUAUUUAGGCAUGUUUGCAGUCAUUUUCCCAUGUUUCUCCAUGUUGAAGAUAUAAAUGCCUUUCGUUCUGAUCGUGCUUACGUCUUUGGUUAUGAGCCACAUUCAGUUUUUCCUCUUGGUCUUGGUAUGCUGUCAGGCUAUAUGGGUCUCAUGCCUAUUCCCAAAAUAAAGGUCCUUGCAAGCAGCGCUGUGUUCUGGACGCCAUUUUUAAGACAUAUAUGGACAUGGUGUGAUGUUACACCAGCAACGAGGAAAAAUUUUAUGUCCCUUCUGGAAGCUGAUUGUAGUUGCGUGGUGGUACCUGGUGGAGUCCAAGAGACAUGCUAUAUGAAGCAUGGCACUGAGAUUGCUUUCCUUAAAACAAGGAGAGGAUUUAUUCGAAUAGCUAUGGACAUGGGCAAACCCUUGGUUCCGAUUUUCUGCUUUGGUCAAUCAGAUGCAUACAAGUGGUGGAAACCUGGUGGAAAGUUAUUCAUGAAACUUGCAAGAGCUAUUAAGUUCACCCCUAUUGUCUUUUGGGGAAUUUUUGGAUCUCCAUUUCCUUAUAAACAUCCAAUUCAUGUUGUGGUGGGUAAACCAAUUGAGCUGAAGAAAAAUCCACAGCCUACUGUGGAAGAGGUUGUGGAAGUACACAAUCAAUUCGUUGCAGCACUUAAAGACCUCUUUGAAAGACACAAAGCACGGGUUGGCUAUCCAGAUCUUAAACUUGAAAUUCUUUGAGCAGAAGUCAGGAACUUGAUUCAGUUUUGCUUUUGCAUGCUUCUCAUUUUCAGUUAUUUAUGUUUCGUUUAUAUCCUUUGUCAUACGUUUUAUUCAUUGGAAAACAAGGAAAAUGAAACGUAAAACAACUGAUACGUUAUCAUUUGUGGCAUGAGAAGUUGUUUUAGUUA